AUUAUACUUGUUUACAAUCAAUUUAUUAUACCUAAUAAACCUAACCUUAGCGGUAGUAGCCGAGACAAACAUACGUUCCUUUUCAAUUCUCACGUGAGAAUGAUUUUCUAUCAGUGAACACGCAGCAAUUUAUUAAUAGUUAAAUCAGUAUCGUAGAACAUUUUUCUAUAAUGGAUUACACUAAAAAAUUGAGCAUGAUAGAGAUGUUCCAUGAACCGCCCGAUUACCGUCCUCCCGGGACCGCGGAAGAACUAUCGGCAAGCCUUCAAUAUCCCAAUCUGAAUUCACAGCAAUAUCGAAUGACGCGGAAAUCUCCAGCUAACGUUUUACAUCCUUGUUUGGAUCAUAUUACGCACAAUUCCAACGGCCAAGUAGUGCUUGCUGGUAAUGAUUUACUCGGACGUCGUUGGGGAUCCAGUUUUUAUGGUUGGAAUGAUGCGAACAGCGUGUUAGAUGAAUCGAAAAUAUGCUUCAAAAAGCAGUGCACGUUUUCGAUUACUGCUUUGAAAUUUACGAAUGAUCCUAAUGUAUUCGUUCUGGGAAACGACAAAGGCUCGGUUGAAUUAUGGUCCACACAGAAUCCAGCACGUGGCGAGGGAUAUUCGUUGUAUCAAGUUGAUAAACAAACUGAGCACAUUGAAGGCAUAUCUGCAAUGGAUCUACUUAAAGGUGAUGAAAAUAAACUAGUCACGGGUUCAAAUGACGGUUGUUUGAAAAUUUGGAACUAUGGAGCAGAUCUACAUUCAAUCUCUACACUGACAUUUGCGCACACUGACGAAAUUACCGGAUUGUCAGCCAAUGAAGAAAACGGUUCGCUUUUCGCAUCAUCCUCGCUUGAUCGAUCCGCUCUCAUGUGGGAUUUGAGAAAACCUAGACCAGCUUCAGCAAUUUUCGAUGGUCAUGAAUAUGCUUUUACGGCUUUAUACUGGACGUCUACAAGCGAGGCUAAUCAGAUUGUUGGACUUGGCGAUGAAGCAGGGAAUGUUCAUUUUGUAGAUACACGACAACCGAAUAUUUUUCUGCAAUCCGUCCAAGUUUUUAGCAGGAAAAUUCACAAGAUCUCGUUUAAUGGCACCAAAUUUAUUGUUAUUGGCAAUACCAACAAAGCCAAAUUUUAUGAUGAAAAACUAAAUCUUCUGCACGAAAGCAUACCUGCUCCAAAUUAUUUACGAGAUGUUCUCUGGACUGAAGAAUGUGAAUCUACGAGUGUAGGCGCAUGUUGGUUGGUUGGAUGGAACUCGUUUUUCAAACGGGAAAAAUUUUGAAGUUUAAGACUGUAUGCCGAAUAAAAUUUAAGACAUAAUGAAUCACAUGUAAAAAAAACUGUUCUGAAAACUAAAAAAUCGAUUUUUACAAUCAUUUGAUAUGUACACAAACUCGUUGCUCUUGCUUUGUUCGACGCUAAGUAUUUUUCUCUUGAAUUA